AUGGCCCCGAAAGACAAAGAGAAGCGGGGCAAAGACACACUGAAAAACCCAAAGGGCACGAGAGACUGGUCCGAUCAGGACUCCACCCUCCUCAAUGAUAUAUUCCACCAGAUACGAACCGUCCUCAGUCGCUACAGCACGCAGCUAGAUACCCCCGUCUUCGAACUCGCCGAUGUGCUAAAAGGAAAAUACGGCGAGGACUCCAAGUUGAUCUACGACCUUGCAGACCAAGGCGGUGAACUGUUAUCCCUGCGCUAUGACUUGACGGUCCCCUUCGCCAGGUGGCUGGCCAUGCACCCAGAAGUGAGAGAAUACAAGCGCUUCGCGAUCGGCAAGGUAUAUCGGAGAGAUCAACCUGCCAUCGCCAAGGGUCGCAUGCGAGAGUUCUACCAGUGCGACGUGGACUUUGCGGGAUCGGGGGCGUCUACGAUGUGGGACUCGAAGAUUGUGGCUAUCGUGGUCGAAGUCUUCGAGGCUUUGGAGUGGCAGGGUCACUAUACUAUCAAGCUCAAUCACCGAAAAAUCCUGGAUGGUAUCUUUGAGGUUUGCGGUGUUCCUGAGGACAAGAUUCGAGCCAUAUCGAGCGCAGUCGAUAAGCUGGACAAAUCGCCGUGGGAAAAGGUACGCACGGAAAUGGUGGAGACAAAAGGACUUGACGAGGCCGUGGCAGACAAAAUAAGAACAUAUGUCGUACAAAGAGGAGAGAAAUGGCAGGGAAGCAAAGAGCUACUCGAGUCGCUAAAGAAGGACGAAGCCUUGCAGGCUAAUGCCAAGGCAAAGCAGGGCAUCGACGAAAUGGAAGUUAUACUACGCAUCCUUGAAGUAUUGGGGGCACAUCGCGAUAUCUCGUUCGAUCUCUGCCUUGCACGUGGCCUCGAUUACUACACUGGAAUUAUCUACGAGGUAGUCACUGAAGGGUCGGCGCCCGCGACUGUCAACGGUGGCGAUGCUCAGCAGGUACAAGCAGAAGGCAAAAGUAAGAAAAAGAAGAAAGAGCUGACCGAAGACGAUGACCGCUCUGAUGAUCCGUCAGUCGGUGUGGGAUCGGUUGCUGCUGGUGGGCGAUACGACAAUCUAGUCGAACGAUUUCUACCUGGUUCCGAUAUGCAAUGCGUUGGUGUGAGCUUUGGUGUAGAUCGCAUCUUCAGCAUCACCAAAGCUCGAUUAGCGCAAGGCAAGAAAUUCAGCUACGUCUCAUCAACCGCCACCGAUGUGUACAUCAUGGCCUUUGGAGGGAAAGAAUUCAGUGGCCUGAGUGCCGAACGAUUAUUGAUUGAACAGAUGCUGGCGCGAGCUGGCCUAAAGGUCGAAUACUCUGCGAAGGACAAGCCUAAGCCACAGCUACAAUUCAAAAAUUCAGAGAAAUGUGGAGCCAAAUAUGCUGUGAUUCUUGGUGAGGAUGAGCAAGCUCGAGGAGAAGUGAGGGUCAAGGAACUAGGUCUUCCAGAUGGCCAUCCGGAGAAGGAAGGCGUGUUGGUCAAACUGGAAAAUCUAGUCUCCGAGGUGACAGCACGGAUGAAGGGCUUGGAAGUGACGGAGAAGGUCAAAGACUUGGAAGUCGCCAAGUGA